GUUCAAAGGAAAUUUAUGCUGGGCCGCAAUUUCCUCCUCAGGCAGAUCCAGUCACUUGCUCAUCAGCCUUAUCGCUUUAGACCCAGGCUAACAAUCCAAUACUCUCCUUUCCGCCUAGGUUCGAUUAGAACAAUGGCGACGCCUGUCUCUUCGACUGCUGCUCCUCAAUCUAAACCAGAGAAGAAGGCCAAAGCGAAGGCUUCCGAUGCAACCUCUCCAUACCCAGCUGAGCUACAACCACCACCAGAUUUCUUCCAACACCGCAUACAACUUUUUGACAAGCUCAAAGCGGAGUACGACGAAUUUGUUCAAGCUCAGCCCCGAGAAGAGAUUGUGAUCACCAUGCUAGAUGGUUCUCAGCGUAAGGGGACAAGUUGGGAAACCAGUCCCAUGAACAUCGCAAAAGAGAUCGCAAAGAGUCUCUCUGAACGUGUCGUCAUCGCCAAGGUGGAUGGGGAACUGUGGGAUCUGGAGAGACCACUGGAAGGGUCUUGUAAACUCGAGCUACUCGAUUUUGACGACCCAGAAGGCCGCAAGGUUUUCUGGCACUCGUCGGCCCAUGUUCUCGGCGAAGCUGCUGAACGUCACUACGGCUGCCAUCUUUGUCUCGGCCCUCCCACAGAAGAGGGAUUCUUCUAUGAAAUGGGCAUCCAAGAGCGUCCGGUUGUAGCCGCAGACUAUGCCAACCUUGAGAAGGUCUGCGACAGCGCCAUCAAGGACAAACAAAAGUUUGAGCGCCUUGUGGUGAAGAAGGAGACGCUCCUGGAAAUGUUCAAUUACAACAAGUACAAGCAAUACCUAAUCCAGACAAAAGUUCCUGACGGGUCAUCCACGACGGUAUAUCGAUGUGGUCCUAUGAUCGAUCUCUGCGUUGGCCCGCACAUUCCACACACGGGAAGAAUCAAAGCAAUGAUGGUCACCAAAAAUUCAUCUUCCUAUUUCCUCGGUGACGCCAACAACGACUCUCUACAGCGAAUCUAUGGUAUCUCGUUCCCCGACAAAAAGCGAAUGGAAGACCACCAGGAAUUCCUCAAAGAGGCUGCAAAACGCGAUCAUCGACGCAUUGGGAAAGAUCAGGAGCUGUUUUUCUUCAACGACGCUUCCCCGGGCAGCUGUUUCUUCCUACCACAUGGCACGCGAAUAUACAACACCCUUCUGGAGUUUAUGCGCUCGGAGUACUUCAAACGCGAUUAUCAAGAAGUCAUUUCCCCGAAUAUGUUCCAUAGCAAGCUCUGGCAGACUUCUGGUCACUGGCAGAACUACAAGGACGACAUGUUUGUGCUCGGUGUGGAGAAGGAGCAAUGGGCUCUGAAGCCAAUGAAUUGCCCCGGCCACUGUCUGAUUUUUGGCUCGCGAGAUCGCAGCUACCGAGAAUUGCCGAUACGAAUGGCAGAGUUUGGUGUCAUUCAUCGCAAUGAAGCAUCUGGCGCACUGACCGGCUUGACGCGUGUUCGUCGUUUUGCGCAAGAUGACACUCACGUGUUCUGCAUGCCGAGCCAAGUGGAGAGCGAAAUCUCUGCUUUAUUCGACUUCAUGCAACACGUCUAUGGAACGUUUGGACUUGACUUCCAACUUGAAUUAUCAACACGUCCCGAUAACUACUUGGGAAAUAUUGAAACGUGGAAUUCUGCUGAAGAUCAACUCAAGCAAGCACUGGAAAAGUUUUACCCAGGUCGAUGGGAAAUCAAUCCGGGCGACGGUGCAUUCUACGGUCCCAAGAUCGACAUCAGUGUUCGCGACAGUCUGCGACGGUCGUUCCAAUGUGCUACUAUCCAGCUUGAUUUCCAACUUCCUGACCGUUUCGACCUGAAAUACCGGGGAGAGGAUUCCAACAAUCCGGAAAGCCGACCGGUCAUGAUUCAUCGUGCUAUCUUGGGGAGUUUAGAACGAUUUAUUGCCAUCAUCACCGAACACUUUGCUGGCAAAUGGCCAUUUUGGCUAUCUCCUCGCCAAGCCCUGGUGAUACCCGUUGCGGUGCCUUACAAAGAGUACGCUGUAAAAGUAAGUGAGCACCUCAAGGCGGCUGGACUGUUUGUGGACGUGGAUAACGGAGCCGAUACGCUUAAGAAGAAGAUCCUCAAUGCUGAGGUCGCACAGUACAACUUUAUCCUAGUUGUUGGCGAGGAGGAGAUGAAUUCACAGUCCGUCAAUGUUCGAAACCGGGAUGAUGUCGGAACCAAAGUCCGUUCCGAAAUGUUGCCGUUGGCAGACUUCACAGCUAAGCUUGUCGAGCUGAAGGCAACAAGAAGUUUGCUGAACAAAUUGUAA